UACUACACUGAGAAGCUGCUUUUACCUUCUCUCUCUCUCAUGCUUCUUCGACUUUCAAUGCUCUGAAACCCUAACAACUUCAGAUUCAGAGCAAAACCUUACUGAAAACCGCAACAAUGUCGAUGUCAAAGAGCUCCAAGAUGCUUCAAUACAUUAACUACCGAAUGAGGGUCACUAUCCAAGACGGCCGCCAGCUCGUCGGAAAAUUUAUGGCCUUCGACCGCCACAUGAACCUUGUCCUCGGAGACUGCGAAGAGUUCCGGAAGCUUCCACCGGCCAAGGGGAAAAAAACCGCGCCAGGAGAAGACCGCGAGGACCGCCGCACACUUGGCCUGGUUCUCUUACGCGGCGAGGAGGUUAUCUCCAUGACCGUCGAGGGUCCUCCGCCGCCUGAAGAGUCACGCGCUAAGCCGUCAAUUUCUUAUCCCGGCGGUGCACCGGUUAUGCGGCCGCCUGGCCAGAUGCCGGGGUAUCCUGGUCAGGGUCCACCGCCAAUGGCACGAGGCCCGCCACCUCCGAUGCCGCCUGGGCAAUUUGCACCACCCAGGCCCGGUGGUGGGCCUCCACAGCCUUUCCCUGUUCCGCCGCAGUUUGGGCAGCGGCCUAUGGGUCCUCCACCACCUGGUCAGAUGGUGAGAGGGCCUCCUGCUCCGCCAAGGCCAGGGAUGCCCGCCCCGCCUCCGCCUCGUCCUGGGAUGCCUCCUCCACCUGGCAGCGGCGUUCCGGUGUUUGGACCUCCUCGCCCAGGCAUGCCACCUCCACCGAACCCACAAAACCAGCAACAGCAGUAGUGGUAAUGAACUAGCUAAAUUUGACUUGUUAUUGUUGGUGCUCUGAAGAAUUGAAGAUUUGGACCUUGGACAUGUGCAUGUUGCAAACCAUCUUGUAGUUAAGCGGUGAUUGUUGCUUGUACAACCUAGAUCAUUCUCUUGUUAGGGAAUUUUUUAAAAUGUGUUGAUGAGAAGUUCUAUGUUAGAAAAUCAUGUUUUCGGGGAGCUUAUGCUAUUGCAGCCUGAGCAUUAGACUUAUAAAUCAAUUGUGUAGAUUGUCAAGAAAGGAACAAAAAUAUGAUGCCGGAUUGCAAAGACAGUGUACUGAUUUGUGAGUGUAGGACCGAUCUGUGACCCCCAUAUAUUUCUGAUUACAUAAUAUACUUAUGACUUGGGUAA